CAGGUGUGCGCGCUCCCCGGUGGCGGGUGCAGAUCCUCAGCAGUCAGACAGUCGCAGCUCUCCGGGAUGAUCCACACUGCCUCGGCGAUGUCGCACCCGAGCACAGUUUCUAUCCUAAAAAACAUCUACCUCAGAUGAUCAACUGUAGCCCGUGUGUGUGUGUGUUUUCCGAGCAAAGCGUUUGCAGUGCGAUGCAGACAACAUGUUUCCUCGUCGAGAAGCUCAGCGCUGUGCAGCAUAGAGGAGGCGGCAGAGUGGAGCAACGUGCACAGUUACAGGAGGCUGUUGCAGUCAGGCAGCAUCAUGGAGGCUGGAUGUGUGGUUGCCGCGGUGAUUGAGAAUGCUGCCUCAGGACCCCAGGGUGAACCAGGAAGUAGUGACGUCCUUGAGAGAGAUUUGCUACCAUCUACUGACCUGGACAAAGACGAAGCCUUACCUCAAGCCACCAACAAUAAUCCUCCAGAAGAGAAACAGCCACAGGAGACAUCCACUGCCAUGGUGAGGAGUGAUGACAUCACAGAGCACCCAGCCGAGCCCCUCCUGCGCUCCUGCGUCAGCACGGCUAGCAUGAAGGUCAAGAACAUGAAGAAGCUGACGUUCCCCAGAGGUCACUUCCCCAGGUUGGCAGAGUGUGCCCAUUUCCACUAUGAGACUGUUGACUUUGGCAACGUUCAGUUGGCCUUUGCAGAGGGGCAGAGCGAAGGACCAAAGGUUGGUCUGGACGCCAAAGAGCUGGUCCUUCUGGUCCAGAUCAUUUGCCAGGGUCGAAACUGGCUGGUAAAGAGAUCCUACGAAGACUUCCGGGUGCUGGACAAACACCUGCACUUGUGUAUCUAUGACCGCCGUUACUCCCAGCUCACCGAGCUGCCAAGAUACGACACAUUAAAGGACACCGUUGAGUCAGUAACCAAGAUGUUGGCCACAUACCUGUCCCGCUUCUCCGCCAUUGCUGACAACAAGAUCAACUGUGGUCCAGUACUAACAUGGAUGGAGAUCGACAACAAGGGGAACCAUCUGCUGGUGUCUGAGGAAUCCUCAAUCAAUGUGCCUGCCAUCGCUGCUGCACACGUCACCAAACGUUACACAGCGCAGGCCACAGAUGAGUUGACGUUUGAGGUGGGGGACAUUGUGUCAGUCAUAGACAUGCCUCCUAAAGAAGACACAGGCUGGUGGAGGGGGAAACAUGGCUUUCAGGUUGGUUUCUUCCCCUGCGACUGUGUUGAGCUGAUAAAUGACAAGAUUCCCUCUAGCGUUCAAAGCUCGGUGGCGAAGCCAGUGUGUAAGAAGCAUGGGAAGCUAGUAACGUUCCUGAGGACUUUUAUGAAGUCUCGACCGCCGCCUCAGAAGCUGCGGCAGCGCGGCAUCCUCAGAGAGAGAGUGUUUGGCUGUGACCUGGGGGAACAUCUCCACAACUCAGGACAUGAGGUCCCACAGGUUGUUAAGAGCUGUGCUGACUUCAUAGAGAAACAUGGAGUCGUGGAUGGAAUCUACAGACUGUCUGGGAUCUCCUCCAACAUCCAGAAACUGAGGCACGAGUUUGACUCAGAACAGAUCCCAGACCUGAGCAGAGAAGUCUUCAGACAGGAUAUCCACUCAGUGGGCUCCCUCUGCAAGCUGUACUUCAGAGAGCUGCCCAACCCUCUGCUCACCUACCAGCUCUACGACAGAUUCUCAGAGGCUGUGUCUGCAGCCACAGAUGAGGAGAGGCUGGUCAAAAUCCACAAUGUCAUCCAGCAGCUGCCUCCUCCACAUUACAGGACUCUGGAGUACCUCAUGAGACACCUCUCCCACCUGGCCACCUUCAGCCCCAUCACUAACAUGCACACUAAAAACCUGGCUAUUGUCUGGGCGCCGAACCUCCUCAGGUCCAGACAGAUCGAGUCGGCCUGUUUUAGCGGCACAGCAGCGUUCAUGGAGGUGCGUAUCCAGUCGGUGGUUGUGGAGUUCAUCCUCAACAACACUGAGGCUCUCUUCAGCCCUAAACUCAAUGCCAUCAUACGGGAAAGCACAGGUAACAACACCUUAUCCAGACCCAAGUCCCUGCUGGUCUGCUCCCCGUCCACAAAGUUACUGUCUCUGGAGGAGGCCCAGGCCCGCACUCAGGCACAGCUGGGCUCCCCGGCCACCACCCCCAGCCUCACCCACAGUGACUACAUCGAGGUUGGGGAGGGACCCGGAGCUCUUCUCGGCAAGUUCCACACAGUCAUCGAGCUCCCGAUGGAGAGCAGCAAGCGGCCUCCUGCUAAGGCUAAGAAGUCUCCUGUGGGGAACUGGCUCUCCUUUUUCCACCUGGGCAAGUCCCAGUCUGUGUCUAAACGUAAACUGAAGCGACACCCCAGCGAGCCUAACGAGAUAAAAAGCAUUGCACUGCCAGGUGGAAGAGGAGAUAGCGGCACAUUGCGUUCUACCAAAAGUGAGGAAUCUCUCACCUCUCUGCACAAUGUGGAAGGGGAACCUCCAAGUUAUCGCCCCCGCAGACCUCGUUCAACUAGUGAGGCUAUUUCUGCCGUCUGUAGAGACGACCUACACAACACCAGAAGUAAAGACGACCACAGAAGCCACCCACUGAAUGAGAGUCAUAAUGGUGCUGAUCGUGUCCGCACUGCAGCAUGUAUUUCACCUCCACACCAGGAGGAUGAUCUUGAUCUUUGUCCGCCGGCCACAGGCAUGUCUAGUUUGGACUUUGACCCCAUGUCUUUUCAGUGCAGCCCACCCUCAGCUACGCCUGGGCUGCAGCACAACAAAGACGGAAAUAAAUGGAGGAAGAGCGCAGGGUGUUUCAGUGAAUCAGAGCCCAUCUCCUCUCCUAACAACAUUAGCUGCACUCAGUCUCCAGAUAUUAGCCCGGUUCUCUUUAAAGGUGGGAAGAAGGUUACCUCCAAGCCGCUCUCUCCUAAACUCAGGAAGAAAUCUUUUAAGACGCAAGCAGAUGUUCAGAAUGCAUCCGCCUUUCCUCCACCUCUUCCUUCCUCUUCUCCCCCAGUGGAGAAGUGUGAAGCUCCACUGGUAGAUGGAAAGGGCACAAGAGUGCCCUACCAGCACUGCAGCCCACUCAGCACUGCGAGCCAGGCAUCAGCCCUGACCGACCUCAGUCAGUCUGCACAGAACCUGCCUGAUCCAGGAACAGAUAGACUUAUGAGUUCAGUGUCUGUUCUCCCUCCUCACCCUCCCUUGACGAGUGCUGCGCGCAAGUUGGCUUUGGCUCUGGCCGAAUCUGCCCAGAAGGCCAGCAGUGGCUCCCAGAGAAGAAACAAGAUCCCAUCGCACCCUCUCCAGAGACAGGAAGCUCCUCACACCCAGGACAGACCGCCCCGGCCCUCUGUUCUCAAUCUUAAAGUAUACCCCGAGGAGUACUUCACCCCUCAUGUCACCUCUGUUUCCCAGUGGCAAGCAUCGGAGCACUGCUGCCCUGAUCCUGUUCGUUUCCUACCUGCACACCUCGGCUCAGAGUCAUCGCAGGUAACUGACGGACAGGAAAUUAUGUGCAAUUUCACACCUAAUGUCAGCCCACUCGGGUCAGGGAGCUUGGAAGAAGGUAGUGCAGAGAUGAGGGACCGAAGAGAGGAAAAAGAGCUUAGAGAUGUCACACAAGCCACCUAUCAGAGCGUUGGCGUUUCAACACCCACCCAACCUGUGUGCUCCGCUCCGAGCCCGUCAACUACUCCUGUAUAUGUGAACACUGACUCUAUCAAUGUAUUUAAUUUUCGUGCUGUUCUGGCGGAGACCUCCAUGCCUGCCUCAAUCGAGGAGGUCCUUCCACGUCCAUUACAGCCCUCCUCAACCCAUCACUACAGCCCGGAGGAAGACAGACCUCUAGGCCUGGUUGAGGAUGUCUACGGUAAUCAUCAUCAUCAUCAUCAUCGCCCAAUUCAAACAGGACGAAUGCCUGCACCUCACUGCCCUCGGCCCGACGCUCUGCCACAUCACCUUUUGGGGCCAAAGAGCGUGUACAGGCAGUCCUCUGAAAGCCGCUACAGCACUUUAGGAUUAAGACACCCUUUGUCACCUCAGUACAGACGUUACCAUAGAGAUGAGCACCUUAUCAGUGGCUGCCACAGGCAACAAGGCCAAUGGCAGAGGACAGAAGAUAGAAUAGUUGGGCACCCGGCCAUCCGGAGGGCUCGCUCCUUCCAUGCCCCUCAGAUUAGUCACUACGAGCUGGCAGAGACAGAAGUCCUGCCCCCUGACACCAUGUUUUAUGCUGAGCAGACAUCGAGCCAGGAAGCGCCCUAUCAGAGGCUGAUUCAGACCGGCAUCCACCCUGUUCGGCCGCAGUUUGGGAACGCACAUGCUGACUGUCGUUACAGCCCGUAUUCUGAUAUGAACCCAGUAGAUGGCUCCCGCUAUUAUGUAGAGCCCUGCCGGCAAAGCGGUAUCCGACACAGUCAGUCUUACACCAUGCGUUCAACAAGAGAAAGUGGACAAUCAAAUUACUACAACUGCUCUCCACACCAUGUCCCUCCUGUGAACAGGGAGCUUUACAUACAAAGCAGGGACACUGUUGUUUACGAGGCUAGAGAUGCAGAAGUUUUUGAAAGAGUCGUGUAUCAACCAGUCAAGCAGGAGAGUAAAUCCAGACGUAAAAAUACAUGUCCAGCUGUGUCUCCUUUUGAGAGCCCUGUCUCGCCGACUGUCACAAGAAGCAGAGACAUAAUACACACAAGAAGCAAGUCAGACCCUGGAAACGCUUGCCUCCUCUCCACUGGCAGGACAGAAAGCCAAAAUGUUGUGGUAGCUACAUCCCCAAACUCACCAAGGUCUCAACACACAGACCCUGAGGUCACCAGGCAGCAGUAUGGUCACCGGUCGAGUGCAGAGCCGGGACCAUCCAGGCGGAUUCAGAUCAAAGAGAGCUCUUCGCAGCAGCCACCGCUUCGCAAAGUCCCCUCUCUUCCAGAAAGGGGCUGUCCUAACCUCAAGAGCAUCGAGCACAAUGACAGAAGCCAUACACGAGGUCAUGACCAGGAUCAAUUAAUGAUGACCAACGCUGACAACAACUACUCCGGUAUUGUGAAACCCAGCAUCCUCAGGAGGCCAGGGAGGUCGCAGAGCACCAGAGAAAAUCGUCACCACUGUCAUCACCAUGCCAAAUCCCCUCUGGAUCCAGAACAUCUGGGAUCCUUUUCCACUCAGCCCAACAGAAGGACUCAGAGCACUAAAGUCAGGCCCACACAAUAUGACCACAUGGAGGGGUAUUACGCAGUGCCCAAACCUAAACCCACAAGAUCCGGUAAAGCUGUGGCCGGAUAUUUGCCUGGCCAGGGCUGCAUGUCUCCCCGCGGGCACAGACUGCUUUCCAAGGCUCUGGGUCACGAGGCUUUUUAUCAAGCCGCACUGAGAUCAGAGGCCGGGGUCUACGAGUGAUUCUGACCACUGGUUUUAUCUGAUUCCACAUCGGGGCCAAAGGAGUACAGCACUUUAUCCUCUGCCAGACCAACAGACUGUUGUGUUGAAAGUGUGUUUAACCUUCCGGAGCUGCUAAAAAGUGUGAAGUGAGGCUGCUGCUGGGGAUCAUACUGUCGCCAUCGCUGGUAGUUUCAUAUUUUGCAGUGGCUUUUGAGGGAGCUCAAAGGGAACAAGUGAUGCGUAUGCAGAUGUUGUCUUAAAUUUGGAUAUUUGAAAGUAACAGUAAGAGAGGCAUGUUUGAGAAAAUGAUGGCUUAUAUAUUUUAUUGAACGUCUAAACAACAAGAGAUGACAAGCUAAAGUAACUGGUUUUAUUAAUAUGAUUUCAGUAUAGGAAUGUGUUUAAAAUAACAUUCAUUUUAAAUGUAUUAUAUUUGUAUAAAAAUCACACAGCUAACAUGUGGCCAAUGUACUGUACAUUUUGUUUUCUAUUCCAGUCUGCUCAGACUUCAACAAGCACUUUUGAGAAUAACUGUGUAUGAAACACAUUGUCUUAACGUGGUGUACAUGAAGCCUCUUGAUAUACAGUAUAUAUUUUUUUCUGUAAGAAACAGCUUGCUUUGAAUCAUCGUUAAAUACUAAAUUAGCACUUUUGAGGGUAUGAUAACCUCAUGGUUUUUAACUUUUCAUAUUUUUUCCCCUUGAUCACACAUUGUAUAAUGCAAUCUUAAAAUAACAAUGAGUGCUAUGAUUUCUGUUAAGGUAAAAGCUACCAUGGCGAAAUAUGCUACAUACAGUAAAUGCAAAUUAGCUCAUUCAGUUAGGUGAAACAAUGUAUUUUGUAUGGCAUUGUGGUUUUGUCACAAAAAUGAAAAUUUCCUUCAGCUUUGAGGGAACUUUUAACAAUGUGGUGUUUUACAUAAAUUAUGAUGUUGUUUUAUUCAUUAAAGAUGCUAUUUCAAAUACAGGUAAAUGAGGAUAUUCUGUUAAGACAUGUUAAAUGCGUUAUUUUAGUGAGAGUCUUAAAAAUAAAUAAAGAUAUAUUAUAUCAAUGA